UUCAAGCAAGCCCCGCAACAUGAAGAGCACCACGAGACUGCAGCUGCCGUUCUUCUUAAUCCAAAGCAAACUUAUGAUCAUAUUGUGGCAACCGGCGUGGCCAAGACCCAGCUCACACUUGCAAAGCAGGUAACCCAGGGCGUGUUGGCGGGCUUCUACAUCUCCUUCUCCUUCAUGCUGUGCAUGACGGUUGGUGGACAGAUCAGCACCAUUCAGCAUGAGCAUCCGGGAAUAUACAACCUCAUUUUGGGUUCGGUGGGCUUCCCCCUGGGCCUUACGAUCAUUAUGGUGGCGGGCGCGGACCUUUUCACCAGCUCAUGCAUGUACAUGAUAACGGCUUGGCUGGAGGGCAGGGUGGCCUCGUAUUACGUGCUCAAGAACUGGCUGGUGUCGUGGUGGUCCAACCUGGCAGGCUGCCUCAUCAUGGCGAAGCUGGUGGUGUGGGCGGGGCUGUUUGCCCCCCCGAAGAACGCAUUCCCCAUCUACCUGGCGAUGAAGAAGACCAGUGCCACGUUUGGUGCCACCGUGGUCAAGGGCAUCAUUUGCAAUUGGCUGGUGAAUUUGGCAGUUUGGAUGGCUAACAGUGCCAGAGACUUGACAGGCAAGGCGGUUGGUGUGUACCUGCCCGUGUCGGCCUUCGUCACGCUGGGUACGGAACACGUCAUCGCAAAUCAGUUUGAGUUGUCCCUCGCCAAGAUGCUGGGCAGCGGCAUGUCGCUGCACACCAUCAUAGGGAGCAACUGGGUCCCGGCCACCAUCGGCAAUAUAAUUGGAGGAGCCUUCUUCGUCGGGACACUCUACGCUGCUACGUACGGCACCUUGUACGAACGUAUGUGGCUCCGUACAACCCAGCUGUACAUUUGGAUGGUGCCCAGGCGGUUACGUGAUCGCAUCACAGAUAUGUACGACGCAGUGUAUGACAGAUUGUUCGGUUGGAUUGACUGGGAGGCCUUGACGGCGCCGCCACAGCCGCUGUCGGCGGGGACUGGGGGGGCGGCGCCGCCGCCGCCGCGUCCGCCAGUGUCCCAACGCAGCUUGACUCGCGCUCUGUCGUCGACGUUGGCGGAGACACCGCGGCGAUUGGUGACGGCGGCAGUGGCGGCGACCCGAAAUCCGCCGUUGACGCCAUUUGAGCGCAAGCGCACAAGCGCGGGCUUGGGCUCUGAUGUGGUUUAA